AUGAAUAUCAAUGUAAAGGGCGUCUUUCUCGGCUGCAAGUAUGGCAUCCCGGCCAUGCGUCGUGCCGGUGGCGGCUCCGUCAUCAACACGGCCUCGUUCGUGGGCAUCCUAGGCGCAGCCACGCCCCAGCUCGCCUACACAUCCAGCAAGGGCGCUGUCAUUGCCAUGUCUCGAGAGCUGGCCACGAUCCACGCUCGCGAGAACAUCCGCGUGAAUGCCCUAUGUCCCGGUCCGCUCAACACCGAGCUGUUGCAGAAGUUCCUGGACUCGGAGGAGAAGAAGCAACGCCGUUUGGUGCAUGUUCCUAUGGGUCGUUUCGGAGAGGCUGCAGAGAUGGCCAAGGCUGCACUCUUCCUUGCUAGCGAUGAUGCGUCGUACAUUACUGGCACCUCCUUCGUUGUUGACGGCGGUAUUACGUCUGCCUACGUGACGAGCGAGGGUCGUGUCGACCCUUUCGGAGGCCCUAGCGAGGUGUAG